AUUUAUUAUUUGUUUCAGUCAACAAGUUUUCACCGACCGCAUUACUCUCCAAAUUUCUGAGUUCCAUAUCCGGCCAGUUCUUUCAAACUGAUCUAUGCAGUGGUAUUAGGAUACAUCCAAGACAUGAAAACAAAUUUAGGGAGCAAGCAACUGGAGCAAAAUGGGACAUUUCCGAAGAACUGAUGAUCUAUACGAGACAAAUUGAACGUGCUUGUUGAGAAGGUUACAAUCGAAAGCUCAAUAUGGCGUCAGCUGCACAAGAUCUCUUGCUUGGCAAAAUUGUAACCAUUCUUGAGAACGAAGCAUCCUCCAUAGCCGGUGUUCGCGAUAAAGUUGAUGACAUUAAACAAGAGCUUGUAAGCAUGAAAGCCUUCCUAAAGGAUGCUGAAGGAAAGAAAGCACAAAUGGAGGGAGGGGAGACAUGGAUAACAAGAGUGAGAGACUCUGUCUAUGACGUUGAAGAUACCAUUGAUGAAUUCACAUAUCGCAUCAAUGAGCUGAAAUGCGGAGGUCCAGUUGCAAGGUGUCUUCACGUAACAUUUCAUAUUCCAAAGAAUCUUUGGUAUAGGCGUCAAAUCGCUAAAAAAUUAGACAAAAUCAAAGGAACCAUCAAAGCCAAUUCGGAGAGGAAUCAGACAUAUGGUGUUAGUGUUGUUACUGCUCUAGAAGGAACGAGUUCUUCUCAUGAUCAUAUUCAAAAAUGGAUGCGGAACCAAGCAGAGGCUUCUCUCUUUACUAAUGAAGAUGAGCUUGUCGGGAUUGAAGCCCCAAAAAAAGAAUUAAUGGAGUAUAUAGUGAAUGGACAGCAGAGCCAAACCAUUGUCUCCGUGGUCGGGAUGGGAGGAUCUGGGAAAACCACUCUUGUUGCAAAGAUCUUCAACAGUGAUAUUGUAAAGAGACAUUUCAAUUGCUAUGCAUGGGUUACAGUUUCCCAAACUUAUGUGAUUGAAGACUUAUUUAGAAGCUUGAUCAAGCAAUUCCAUGAAGCAAGGAAGGAGGAGGUUCCAACAGACAUUAAUACAAUGAGCUUUAGAGAAUUGGUAGAGAUUCUUGUGAACUACUUGAACUCAAAAAGGUAUCUAGUUGUGCUAGAUGAUGUAUGGGACAUAAAUCUUUGGACACAAAUAAGGGUAUCACUCCAAGAUAGACAACUUGGAAGUCGAGUUGUACUCACCGCUCGGAACAAUGGCAUAGCAAGCUAUGCUUUUGGAGUUGCAAGUCAUGUUCACCAUAUUCAACCCUUGGGAAAGAAGGACGCUUGGGAGCUUUUUUGCAAGAAGACAUUCUCUACUCAUCCUAAUAAAUCUUGUCCACUUGAGCUCGAGCCAUUAGCUCGGGAACUUGUGGGGAAGUGUAAUGGCCUUCCUCUGGCAAUUGUAGCAUUAGGCGGUCUCAUGUCAUCCAAAACGUCUUGUUCAGAGUGGAGCGAUGUUUGCAACAGCUUAAAUUGGCAUGUCACAAACCAUCCUUUACUGGGCUAUAUGAAGAGCAUUUUAUUGCUCAGUUUUAAUGACUUGUCAUACCGAUUGAAGCAGUGUUUCCUCCAUUGUUCUCUUUUUCCAGAAGAUUAUUUAAUCAAAAGAAAACGACUUAUUAGAUUGUGGAUAGCCGAAGGAUUCGUUGAACAUGUGAAAGGUGUCACACCGGAAGUGGUUGCAGAUGGAUAUCUUUUGGAACUUUGUUUUCGUAGCAUGCUACAAGUUGUGAAGAGGAAUGAAGCAGGAAGGCCGAAAAAAUGCAAGAUGCACGAUGUCAUGCGUGAGCUUGCUCUUUCAACAUCUGAGAAAGAAAAGUUUUGUGCUGUGUAUGAUGGGAAAGAUGAAGCAAUUAAAGCCCGCCGUUUGUCAAUUCAAUCUGAAGGAGAAAUUAAAUCCGGCACAGGUACAUCACAGCUUCGAUCUAUUCUUGUCUUUGUCGAAGAGACAACGUUGCCUUCUGAUUGCAAAUUUUUGAGGGUGCUAGACUUGGAGGAUGUGUCGAUCACUAAACUGCCAGAUGAUCUUGGGUACUUGUUCAACUUAAGAUAUUUGAAUUUGAGGGGAACGUCUAUCAAGGAGCUUCCAAAAUCCAUAGGAAAGCUACGCAACCUUCAAACCUUGAACAUCCUGGACAGUAAGAUAGAGGAACUUCCAAAAGGAAUUGCCAAGUUGUUAAAUCUGCGCCAUCUUAUUAUGUACCGUUACACUCAUGAUCCUCUUGGGUUUAGAUAUGUCAAGGGAACAAGAGUACCAGUGGAUGUUAGUAAGAUGAAUAAAUUGCAAGUUUUGUCAUGUGUUGAGGCAGAAGGAGACACUAUUAGGCAGGUCGGUUGUAUGACCCAACUUGUAAGGAUUGGAAUUACUAAUGUGAAAGGAAGUGACGAGAGGCACCUGUGUGACAGCAUUCAAAAGUUACAGCUCCUUCACUACUUGUUUCUAAUGGCAAGCGAUGAAGAGGAGAUUCUUCGAACAAAUGCACUAUGUUCACCUCCUCCCUUACUUCGAGUGGUUAUUUUGGUUGGCCGACUGGAGAAUGUACCACUUUGGUUUCACUCACUCCAAAACGUUACACAUCUGUAUCUGCAUUGGUCUAAACUUGAAGAAAAUUUGGUACCUCACAUUGAAGCACUGCCCAAUCUGGGAAAUCUUGUUCUGAUCAAUGCAUAUGUCGGGAAACAGCUGUAUUUUCGCAGAGGCUUUGUAAAGCUAAAGAUGCUGGAAUUGUAUAAUCAUCCCUUCUUGACAGAAAUAACUAUAGAGAAUGGGGUGAUGCCAAAUCUCAAUCACUUGCAUGUUCAAAGCUGCAUGUCAUUAAAGACAUUGCCAUUGGGUCUUGAAUACCUGACUAAUCUUCAAAAGUUGACGUUAGUGAGGGUUCCAGAGGAAAUUAUACAGUCCAUUCGGAAAGGAGCUGUGGAUCGUCCAAAGGUUCAACACAUCCCUGAAAUCCGUGUUUAUGUAGGCUGGUCCCAAGAAAGAUUGUCCUAGCACUUCUUUCUCCCGAUAGAAUCUAUCAAGUUCCAGGAGUAUUGAAGAAGAUUUGGUCCAUUCUGCCCCAUGUCUCGUGAAGAAUCCAUUUUCUGUGUGCAGCUGCAAGAACAGAUUUUUUUUUUUUAAAUUCGAUAGUACAGAAGACUUUGACUGCUCUAUUGCAUUUGCUAUUAUUUGUGUGUAUUUGCAUGUAUAAUGUUGGAUUGAACAUGUCACUUUAGCAGUAAAUGGGGUGUGGUACUCUUUUCCCUUGUAUCUGGGCAAGGUUUUGAUGAGACCACUAUAUAAACCCCUUAUCAAUUUGUAUUGUGUGCCCCCAGAUAAAA